UUCCCCUUAGAAACACUUGGCUGGAGAGCAUUACUGAGACUUGAAGCACUAUCCGAAAUUUUCACUGUGCUACGAUGGACACAAAAUCCAAGUACGAGCCCUGAGUCAGCACUUGUUGUUGCUAUGCGUCUUCGCGCGAGUUUUCUUUCAACACGAAACUAGGAUAAGCAAGUAAUGAAUAUGUUCGACUAUCGUUGUUCUACUGUUCAUAUCACACGACUCUUGCUCAUUCUCGUAGCGAGCCUUGGUCCCGGCACCGUUCGCAUAAUCCCAGCAGCUGCAGAAGAUGGAAAGAGAGAUGAAGGUAAAGCAGCAGCGACACCUGGAACGAACAUCUAUUUUGACAGUGACGGCGCACUUCCCCCAGAGAGGAGAUGGAGGCUACAGGGGAAAACAGGCCUUGCGGUUUUCAUGACUGGUCUUUCUGGAGCAGGCAAAAGCACGAUCGCGAAAGCUGUUGAGAGGAAACUCGUAGAGUCAGGUACUCACUAUCAUCUUCGACCUAUCACAAAAUGACUAAUAUAACAGAGUAGUUAUAGCGCGCAUGGAGUAGCAUGGAGUGCAUGGAGCGCAGAGCUUUAAGGGGCGCAAGAAGCUCCCCCUUUAGCUCCAUGCUACUCCAUGUGAUUCAUGCGGUCCAUGCCAUGCGAGCCGUAAAACCUUAUAAAUUGCUCUGAUAUAUUAGAAUUAAGCAUAAGGUCUUCAUCCAAUUAUAGUAGAACAUUUCGUAAGAAGGAUGUUGGAUUGGAUGGAUUGCAUGGCAUUGCAUGCAUUGCAUGAGCCGAGGGGGUCAGAGUGCGACCUUCUUAAGGGAGCGACACGGGAACGAAGACUCAGGGCGCGGCAUGGGAGUACUUGGCUCCGUUGUAGGAGUACUUGAAUAGUGCUGGCACGUACUAGCUAUUGUAAGUAGCUCGACUAGGCUAGCUUGCCUGUGAUCUCGACCGUCUUGCUCACUGUUCCCUGGCGCACACAGGCCACGGCGUUUGCGCUGCUCCUUGCUUGUUUCUGGGGCGAGGUCACAGUGGGGCCGUGUUUGUGUUCGUGUAUCGUAAAGUAAUUCUUCGGCGGAGUAGCCCGGUAUAGCGGAGGAAGUAUGGCGCCCGAAGGGCGCCGCGCAAAAUAUAUUGUUUUUUGGGUGGUCCAUCCAUGCAAUGCAUGCCAUCCAUGCCAUGCAAUCCAGAAGUUCGGAAGUUGCCUUAUAUUCUAUUAUAGAUCUACAACUUCUGAGCAGCAUGCUAUGAUAAUUAUGAAACUAUUGAAACGCUAGGCAGGGCCACAAAUAAUGUAUCUCGGCCAGCUUUUUUACUGCCUCGCUUUCCGCAUUUUCACCUGCAGGCGUUCCCGCGUUUCGACUGGACGGCGACAACUUGAGGCAUGGCCUGAAUUCCGAUCUCGGUUUUUCGGAGAAGGAUAGAGCAGAAAAUGUUCGUCGCGUCUCUGAAGUCUCAAAACUAAUGGUCGAAGCGGGGUCGGUUGUAAUAUCGGCCCUUAUUGCUCCCAACGCUGGCGUUCGGGGGCAGGUGCGCGAGAGCCAUGCAAAGAGCGGCCUCCCUUUUGUUGAAGUUUUCGUCAAUUAUGGAAGUAGAAUUUUUCCCUUGUCUUCGUUCGCAAUCAUGUACUGUUUUUUGAAUUUUUAAAUGAUGAAAAUCGCGACUCCUUGAUGUUCAUCUUGUUCUUCACCAAGUGCUCCGUCGGCUCUUAUGGUCAUAAAUCACUUUGUCCAUGUCUAAUCUGGUGCCUCCUUAGCAGAAGCAGAGCGUCGCGACGUGAAGGGCCUAUAUGCCAGAGCGCGUGCAGGAAAGAUCAAAGAAUUUACAGGUAUUAGCGCCCCAUACGACGUGCCAGAGAACCCUGACAUCGAGCUGCGCACCGACGACGACAGCGCAGAGGAAUCAGCGGCAAAACUUUUUCAGCACAUCAUGGACCGCAUAAAAGUCGAGCAAAAACAGGAACUGUAGGAAGUGGAAAGGCUAUAUUAAUGUUUUCAAUAUUUCUUGUCUUGUGCUUGUUUGGCGCACGAGCAUGGAACUCGAACUGAUCCGACAAAUGUCAUGCUGAGAAACAACAUGGAUCGUAUUCUCAAACGCUGUUAGCAUGGACGAUAGCGACAGGAAAGACGAACGGCGACAAAAAUCCUAGG